GCAGGUUUCGAAAUUGUCUGUGUUGCAAAAAAAAAAAAAAAUACUUUAAGCGUAGAUAUCGGCAUUUCCAUCAUUGCCCAGACUUUCUUCUUCUGCUCCUCCGUAGAAACUCAUUAGCCGUCAUCGCUUGGACUGUCUGUUGCAAUGUCAAGUUUUUUCGACGUAGCUCUUUCUGCUGCCAUGGUCGUUGGCCCGGUGGUCGGCUAUGUUGAUCAGUAUCUCAUCGUCCGACGAACUAAAUCCAGCGCCGGUUUCAAUUCUAUAACGUGCGCUGUACUUCUCCUAUCCAGCAUAUUGAGAAUUUUCUUUUGGCUUGGCAAACGUUUCGAUAUCACACUUUUAUUCCAGAGUAUCUUGAUGAUCAUCUCUCAGCUUAUCUUGCUUGAAUUAGUGGUCCGUCAUCGUCCCAUACCCAGUGCAUCCACACGGUACUCUACUGUUGGGCGCGACUCGUUCUCGUCGGAUGUUUCUUCAGUCGAUGACCCUGAUUUUGACGACGUUUUGUUUCCUCCUUCCUCGCAACGCCAUUUCAUCGGUCGCAUGUGGAACCGCUUCUGGGCAUGGGACCGCUAUAUCGAUUUCGUUAUCUUUCUUGCCGGUUUCACGGCCAUCACAGCCAUCCUGUAUCUUAUUUUUGGAUCAUUCAGUGUGUUUAUCGAAAUUCUGGGAGCCGUUAGUCUGAGCAUAGAGGCCACUGUCCCAGUUCCGCAGUGUAUCGCCAAUUUCAAGGCUCGUUCCACACAUGGAUUUAGCUGGUUAAUCCUUGGAACAUGGUUCUUGGGCGAUGGCUUCAAGUUCUUCUAUUUCAUUUUCACAGGCUCACCGCUGCAAUUCAUCAUCUGCGGUGCUUUCCAGUUGACGGUCGAUUGUAUUGUAGUAAUUCAAUUCAUCGUGUACUCGCCGGCCAUGCGAAAGCGUUUAGGCAUUCGACCUCCUCAGCAUGAAAUUGAUCAAGCAGGCGAGCUUGCCUAUCGACGAGCUUCCGCAGAGAGCCGUUCGUAUGAACCUAUUGCUUGAACCAGUGUGCCAUCCCGCCGACUGAUUUUUCCAUUCGGCGCAUCAUGCUCUGAAUAAUACUUUUCAACCUCUAUGGUGAGGUUCAGGAACGGAUGAUCAACCAUGAUCGAUGACCCCUUGUACUUUUUUAUUCCUUAAAAUUCCAGUCGUGUACCAUUAAUGUCUUGUUAUGUGAUUUAUACAAAUCGGUGUCUGAUAUAUCAAUAUGAAGCAUAAUAGCGUUCAUGUCAGUGCAAAGUGUAGGACAAGUGGAAGACUUGCAACCCGACGGAAGGAUUGAAUGGCGGAGAUAAAGUAAAAGUACCAGUUGACGCGUUCGAUUAGUUUCUUUCCCAGAAUUUACAUCGUAACGACUGUGUGAUCACCACAAUUGAACGCAGCCAUCCGUUUCAUCUGAUUAUUA